GCGCUAUUGUUGAAUAUUAUCUCCAGGCUCGUUGUUGCAAUCGCGGAAACGCGCCCUUUUUGCUCAGUUACCACGAGAUCGGAAAUACUCUCUUGAAAACCACCGCAAUCCUCUUUCACGUUUGGAGCUUCACACGGAUUGUACGCGCCGACGAGAUCGGUAGUGGCUCGUAUUUUUGGUUGUUGCAAUGUAUUCCCGUCACUGAAGUGUGUUUCGGAAGUUCGCCGUCUUACCGACAUGAUUCAGAGGAACAUGGUCCUUGCGGGGCUUUCCCUGGCCAUUCUUCUUGCGGAAUGCGUUUCCUCGACGACAGCUGCCACAAAAACGUGCGACUUCGAGACCGACCUGUGUGGCUUCGCGACCAAUACCGCGAAGGAAUCUGCAUUCAGGGUGGCUAAGGUCUCGACGGCACCAAAUGGUCCGACCGUGGAUCACAAGCCAGGCACAGACCAAGGAUCCUGCGCGUACGCGAGCACCACGGGCGUCUCGUUCCUCCGCAUCCCGUCCAAGGGCCCGUUCUGCUUCACCGGGUGGUACCACCACUCUGGUAUACGGACCGUGCCGGCCUCUUUCCAGUCCGUCCAAGAAGGCGGGAAGAACAUUACCUUCCGAUUCGCUACGUCUGGAGUUUCGAGCUCCUGGCAACGGGUGGUUUACUCCGAGACCCGUUUGGGAACUCAUCAGAUUGUCAUCACCGUGGCAAGCGAGCGCCUCGGCGUGUACGAGGCCUUCGCACUCGACGACGUCACUCUCCAAGAUGGCCCAUGUACUCCAGCACCGGUGGACGGCUCUUGCGACUUCGACUGGGGAAACGCCUGCGGUUACAGUGUAUCUCAUCAGUCGAAAGAUUGGGCGCUGAAUCACUGGACUGCUGUUCCUGAACCAACACUUGGUUCCCUCAGACCCCGAGAUGUUACCGUAGGUUCCUUUGAAGGUGGCUUCGCAAUUUACAAACGCAGUUUGUGGGUCAAAUCUUCGGCUGUGAUGAGCUCACCUAAACUGAAAGGUCUCGGCGGCAAGCAGUGCCUGAGGUUCUACUACUUCAUGCCGACAUAUCCCUCCAUCAUGGGGAAUGACAACCAUACCCUCGAGGUCUCCAUGUUGGGUGGUGACAAAAAGAGUAUACUUCUCUGGAAGCGAUCGAACUCAGCUCUCCUGUCUGAUGAAUGGGUCCAGGCUGAAGUAUCGUUUAACGCCAAAAGCACUUUUCAGCUGAACUUCAACUGCUCUAUUGACAAUGGAUUACACCCGGGCUUCUACUGCGCCGUUGAUGCCGUGCAACUGUCCGAUUGCACCCGUCCCAAAGGUCAGUACAGACAGGAGUGUGAUUUUGAGCAAGGACUCUGCAGCUGGCGUAAUGUCAGGGAUCGGUUUAACAAGCUCCUUCCUUGGGUGGUCCAUGGCGGCUCAAUCAAGUCGACAUUGCGGCAUCCCAGCGUCGACCACACCCAUGGGAACAGAACAGGUUCUUACCUUUACAUCAGCACUUACAACUCUCUGAAGGGAGCCGAGGCGCAGCUUCUCAGCGACAUUGUUAUUUCGGACGUCAAGACGACGCACUGCAUGAGCUUCUGGUACAUAGUCGCCGGAGACAAAAGCGGUAGACUGAGGGUGAAAUCGACACCACCAGGAGUGGACCCAAGUCGUGACAAAAGCUCGCCUUUGUGGGAAGUUGGAGAGAGUGGUUUUGAUACUUGGAAUCAGGGACAAGUGGCAGUCAACGCCGGAAUGAGGGUUCUACUCAGCGGCGUCAUUGGCUCACCAUCGACUGAGGGUUACAUCGCCGUCGAUGACGUCGUUAUUUCCUCUAACGCUUCCUGCGACACACUGCCACGCACUUCCCCAGCGACUUUCGACGUUGACACCGAGCUCAGCUGCACUUUCAAGGACCUCCACAAGUGCCAGUGGUCAAGCGUCAAGAAGGAGUCUUUUAUCGCCAGAGAGGACUGGAAAUUCGGCAGCAGUCGGCCCCCCAAGUUGAUGACCGGUCCUACACGUCUUCCGGAGGAAGCAAAAGAUGGUGACUUCAUUUAUGCCAGCCUCGUCCCCUCGCGGAUUACCCUCGGGUUAAUCUCGAAGCCGCUGCCACGCCAGGAACAACCGCUAUGCGUCACCUUCUUCUACCACAUGUUUGCUGGACAGGAAGCCACUCUUUCCCUUAGCGUCGAGCAGUCCACGUAUUGGAUCAUUCCUGUGUUCCAACGCAGCGGAAGCACCACCGUGGAUCGGUGGUACAGUGUGCAGCGCACAGUGGACGUGACCGCCCGCUCAAACCACUUACGUUUUAUGGUGACAUCAGGAGGGUUCCCAGUGGAAGUUGCUAUCGGCCCAAUUCGGACCACUCUUGGGGCCUGCGACAUAGUCUCGGAGACACAAGGACGGUGUGACUUUGAGCGCGACACGUGCGACUGGAACGUGGAUCCAGCUUGGGUUCGGGAGCAGGUCAAACUGGCGCCUUCACAGGAUCGCGUCCGUUCGGGACCGGAGGACUCUAUGUACUUUCUGGCGUUACCGGCGCAUGCGGUUAUGAAGAGCUUCCCAGUGACAAGCCCCGUGUUGGAGGGGAAGCCUGAGCCGCAGUGUCUCGAGUUUUGGUAUCGCAGGGCCAGUCUCUCGGUGGGGGCGCUUCAAGUGGACAUACUGCCCGAAGGCAGCAAACAGUCACAGGUGCUUUGGACACAACCACCGUAUCCCAAAGACGAUUGGAUGUUAUCACGUGUUCCCAUCGUUCACGAGAAGAAGUUUCAGGUGAUUUUCCGAGGAAACGUGACUCAGGCACGCUUCGGGGACACUAGCCUGAAGCUUGACGACGUGGCAGUUCACCCUCGUCCUUGCAGACCCCUGGUGGAGUGCGACUUUCAAGACGACCUGUGCGGCUACGUAAACGAUUUAAGCAACGAGUUGAUGUGGCUGGUAGGCACGGGCCGCGUGGAGAGGCCCAAUCGAGUGCCCCGGUUGCCUCCGAGAGCGACAUCUGACGAUGCAUGGGCGUCGUUUGCCUACCUGGACCUGAGUACGAGCGAAACCAGCAGUGCCAGACUUCCUCCGUCGAGGGAUGGCAGCAACGUCUCUUUGUUCAGCCCAAUCUUCUCAGCUGUGGACCAAGCUGGCAACAUUGUACUUGACUACUUUCGACUGGGUGAUGAUGUCACUGGAAUGGAGCUCAGCCAGCUCUCCUACGAAGAAAACACCGGUGCUUCCAAGGUACUCCAGACAGUGCCACUGAAGGAAGCUGCGCAGUGGCAGACACUUGAAAUGGCGCUGAAACCCGCAAAGUUCAGCCAAAUUGGAGUGAGAGUCACUAGAAGGGCUUCAGGCAGCGCCGGAAUGGCCGCUGUCGGACGCAUUGCUUUAGCGAGCAAGCAAGCAGGGUCGACGGACACACCACCCCAGACUGGAGAACUAUCGUGGAACUGUGACUUUGAGAACAACACGUUUUGCGGCUGGAAGCACGACGGUGACAAAACUCCUUGGAAGAUAAACGACCCUGUCAAGAGAAUUCCGGUUUUCCCACGGUCAGACCAUACCCUGCAGUCGUUCAAAGGCCAUUUCAUCUUCGCCGAGAACACCGGCCCUGACUUUGCCAUGGCAACGCUGGAAAGCCCCGAACACCCGGAAGAGUGGCAAGGGUUCAUGUGCUUCUCCUUGUGGUACCUGACGCUCGGAGACUCGCAGGGAACUAUUGAAAUCUCCAGUUCGAAGGCUUCUCUUAUCCAAAAUGCUGACAACCCUGGAGCGCACCACCAUUGGGUUCACGAGCAGAUGGAAUUUGUCUCGCCUGGCAAGCCUAUGAAGUUUUCCCUGACGGCUAGAGUUCACAAAGGUCUGAUUGCUGUGGAUGACCUGCGGGUUACCGAAGGACGCUGCAUGGCGCGCGAAAAGUGCACUUUCGAGCCAUUCAGCCCCUGCACCCUGGUAUCAAUUGGCCGCGGUGCCAGGGAAUGGCGCGUUACGGAGGCUUCUCGUCUGGGGACCACGGACCACACACUUAAGUCUCAGAAGGGGCGUGUGCUGUAUUUGAACACCACGAUGAUUAUGGGAGGAUCGGUUCACACUGCAUCUAGGGUAAGCUUGGAGAGCCGUCGACCCACCACUGCAUCGUGCCUGACCUUCUGGUGGAAGGGCUUUGGCGAGGCAAGCGACCUCAAUGUCUACAAAUACACAGCGGAGACUGUGUUACGCGACCCCAUCGCGUCGGUGCGCACGAGGCAGUCCUCGUGGUGGAACGUUCGUUCGGUCACCGUCUCCUCCCGCAACAAUUGGAUGCCUGUGUUUGAAGCAGUCUCAGCUGAGUCGGUCAGACAACAAUCUGGAAUCAUGCUGGAUGACAUCGAGAUCACCACUGGAGCGUGCCUGCCAGACAAGCUGUGCACUUUUGAAGAAGAUGUCUGCAAACCAUGGGCAACAGUGUUGGUGAAUGCAAGCAGGCGGAACGACGGCUUCCAGCUUCAGCGUGCAGAGCUGUUUGAGAAACUUCCUAACGACCACACCUUGCACAGCGGGGAAGGUUAUUACCUGCUGUUCAAGAGCACGGGAGACAGAGCAGACAGCGCUUUACUGAUGCUGCGGGACCAGCGCUAUCGGUGCGCCACCCUCUGGUACUUCCUCUCCAAGAGCGACACGGGAUGCAGAAUUCGGAUCGGGACCGAACAACGCACGAAUGCCACCAAGCUCUGGACGCGCGUGCAGUUCGGCCUGAAACAGGGCCCCAUUCCGGUGGGCAUUCAUGUGAACUGUGGACGUGACAAGGAGGCCUUUGCCGCCAUUGACGAUUUGAUGGUAGACGAGAAAGAAUGUUGGCAGCUCGCCCAGUCCACGGAAGUGUUCAACUGUGGGGACGCGGAAAAGCGGUCCGUUCCCGUGGACCGCGUGUGCAACUUUGUGUGGGACUGUCCGAAUGGAGCUGACGAGCAGAACUGUGGGCCGUGCGACUUCGCCACGGACACUUGUGGUUGGAACGUCGAUAGCGGCCUGAACAAAGGAAAACAAUCCUGGGAACGAAAAAGAGCUGGCGAACUCAAGGAAUCCCCCCCGGUGGACUGGACAGGCUCGUCCAAAGGGUACUACCUGCUAAACCACGCCGGUCAGCUUCUUCAAGGUCAUAGAGGAGAGGCCAUUGCAGUGGCACCUACCAUCAGGAACACCAACUACAUGUGUGUGCUUCAGUUCUGGUACAACUACGCCUCCGAAAAUAAGACGAUGAACACCGAUCUGCAAAUGGUUGUGUCCGGGUACCACAUCGUCAUCUGGUCGUUGGCCUCGAUAACACCAAAGCCAGCCAUGAGAGUUUGGACAAAUGCCAAUAUCUUGAUUGGCCGCUACAAUGGCAGUGUGCAGCUCCAUCUAACCGGACUUCACACGCAAAGAGGCACGAGCUACAUGGCGAUCGAUAAUAUUAAAUACGAUGGAUGCGUUCUGCCGAGACGCCAGCGAACUGAGUGUUCGAAGGGAGAAUUCAGCUGUGGCAACGGAGUGUGCAUCGAUGAGCGCGACGUCUGCAACUAUGUGGAUAACUGCGGUGACGGCAGCGACGAGUGGAAUUGCGCGGACCACAACCUCGGCUGCAACUUCGACACAUCUUUUUGCGACUGGGUGCCCCUCGUGCCCAGGGGAGACUUCAGAGGAUUCUGGCAGAGGGCAUUCCCUGUCCUGUACCCGAAUAGUGGUCCCACGAGAGACCACACGACGGGUCUCCCAGAAGGGAGGUUUUUGAAACUUUCUACAAUAUACCAACAGAAACUCGAUGCAUUGAUCGCUGGACCUGUUCUUGAUUCCAGCUAUGCAUGUGGGAUAACGUUCUUCUACAUGAUCCAUGGCGACUUGCCGUUGUCCCUCACGUUGAAUGUGAGGUCCACUGCCAACGGGACCCUGAGAGAAGUGUGGAGGGCAGAAAAACAGACUGACUUUUUUCACUUUGUGAUACACAAUUUCUUGUUCGAAGAGCAAAAACCUUUCCAGGUGUUCUUCAGGGGAACGAUUGGGCCAUCCUCGGGCUUCGCUGACUACAUCGCGAUCGACGAUGUCUCCUUUCUGACGUCUUGUCGGUAUUAUAACGGAACCCUUCCAGCUGCGCCUCCCGCUCCAGUCACCACCGCUGCCCCAGUAUGUCCAGAGGGCACGUUUAGUUGUGGUGGCGGAACCGAGGAGUGCAUUCCCCAGAGCCAGGUGUGCGACUUCAAAAGGCAGUGUUCCGACGGGUCGGACGAGGCACAGUGCGGGGCCUGUGACUUCAGCCGAGAUAUGUGUGGCUUGACCAGUCGAGACCCCAACAGCAAGUACCUCUGGAACCGGAUUUCCACCCAAGACGUAGCCAAAGGACCCAACAAGGAGUUGCCUAUAAAGGACCGCAACAACAAUCCCCAAGGCUUUUACGCGGCCUACACUAAUACAAACAAAGACGUUCCAUACCGCAGGAAUGACUUACUCACUCCAAUCCUCGGACGAAUAGCCCAUUCGUGCAUUAUAUCAUUCUAUUCCUUCAUGAAGCCGAAAUGGGUGAUGACACUUAGGUUUGGAGUGGAGGAGAACGAUACAUCAUUGAUGAUCCCCGAUUUACACAAGACAUUUGCCGAAGUCGAAGGGCACAACACAUGGACUCGUUCUGCAGUCAAGGUCGGAAACUGGAAUCCAGGCUACAGGUUCUUUUUCGAAACUAACGUGGAGUCUACCUGCAUCGACGACAUCACGUACACGAACUGCCACCCGGAUCGGCUGAGCAGCGAAGCUGAGGCCAGUCUCGGUGUGAGCUGCGACUUCGCGGACGACUCGAAGUGUGGCUGGUUUCCGGAGAAUGUGAAGGACGACACAGAUUGGGUUCUGUACGACGACGGAAAUAAUCCACAGCGAUGGCACCCUCCAAAGCUUGGCGAAGGAGCGUACAUGGCCGCGACCAGCAGAACUGAGGGCCAGAAACGAGCGCACCUGGUGUCCAUGCACAUCCCUGCCACUGACAACGAGAGCGGCUACUGCUUCACCUUCUGGUACAACAUGUGGCACCCCAACAGCGGCACCCUCAACCUCUACCUCCGUGCGGUAGACAACUUUACUGAACUCAUCUGGACUCGGUCGGGUACCCAGGGCAAGGCGUGGCGCGAUGGAAGCGUCGUAGUCAAGUCUGACCUGGCCUACCAGCUCGUGUUUGAGGCCGUCCUGCCAGGCGGCAACCCUGGCGUCAUUGCCCUCAACCAGUUCCUUUUCGAGACCUGUAAAGUCGUAAAAGACCCUUUGAGCAUGGACUUUGAGUCUGGCAUGAACAGGAGAUGGAAAAUGUCUGGCUGGGAAGUCACCAACGGCAAGAGCGCCACCGAACCUGACGGAGACCACACAACGGGCGCUGGCGUCGGGUCAUUUGCGCUUCUCCGGAGAUCUGACGGGGACUUUUCUAGCCCUAGCCUCAAAAUGACCCAGCCCAGAUGCCUGAAGUUCUGGCACUACCUCUCGGGGACAAGCACGGAGCAACUCGAGAUUAGGAACACCCAGUCUGCUGCUACGCAACCAGGCACACUCUGGAGGAUUGACGCUUCGCAGGUGCCCCAAAGCCGCUGGCUCUCAGCGUCAGUCACCCUGGACCAGUCACCGAAUAAUGUCAUCGUGACGUUUGCGGGUUCGAAAUCUGACGGUUCGUCGGCAGUGGUCGCCGUGGACGACGUCGUCAUUGGGGACGGUGUCUGUCCUCCCCCGGGGAGCUGCGAUUUCGAAGACGACCUCUGCAACUGGAGGAAUGCCAACCUGAACCCGGACAUGAUGCACUGGUAUCAGAACAGCGGCCGCACCUCCGCGUGGAACAGCACAGUCCUCAGGGACCACACGCUGGACACCAAGGAAGGAAAAUACUUGGUAUUGGACGCAGAGGAUAGCUCGGCGAAAAAAGGAGGCGUUCUGGAAAGCGAGCUUCUCCAUUAUACUUAUCCAGUCUGCUUCGAGUUCUUCUAUCACAUGGCCAUGAAAGGCGACAACAAGCUCUCCGUAACAUUUGUGGACGCAAGCGAUUCGCUCCUCGGGACUAAAAAAGCUCCACCACCCCUUUCCAACGGUUGGACCAAGCUUUCGUACGAAGUAAAGAACAUCCAUGGCCCGUUCACCGUCCGGAUCACUGGUUCUCCAGGAGUAUUAACGAGAAGUGACAUUGCGAUUGACGACAUUGCUUUGAAGACCGGUCCUUGUCCCAAAGAGCCAGAACCGAUUGUCACCUCCCCAGUCCCACGAUCCACACGGAGACCUGUAGUGAUCACCACAGCUCGACCGAAACCACGACCAGAACCGACCAGCACCUCAGAGUCCAGCGCCGGAACUACGCGGAGGAAUUCUCCGGAGCCCGUCUGGACUACUUGGGCUCCCAAGGUGGUGACCUGUGGUCCGGGGCAGUUCAAUUGCCGCAACAACGAGAAGUGUAUUCCCCUGGCGCUUGUCUGCGACGGCGUGCUCGAUUGCCCCAACGGUAUCGACGAGAUGUGCAGCGAUCGUAACCAGUGUGCGGCAGAUGAGAUAUUGUGCCGGACCGGAUCACCAGAGUGGUGCCUUCCCACAUCGUUUCUCUGCGAUGGCCACCACGACUGCAGUGACGGCUCAGAUGAAUCACUCUGCGGCUAUUGUCCAUCGGACUACUGCAAGAAUGGCGGAAGCUGCAACGUCGCGCCUGAGCCGGAAAAUGGCUACCCCAAAUGCACGUGUCAGUCAGACACUUCGGGCAAGCGCUGCAAUGUCCUCAAGUCAGCCAGUCAUCAAGUUAGUGUGGCCCGUUCAGGUGUCAAUGGCUGGGCCGUGGCUAUUCCAGUGGUGUUAAUACUCACUGCAGUGAUUGCUGCUAUUGCUUUCUAUGUGGUCCGGAUAAGGCAGAAAGAAGAACCAUCGGAUGUGCCGAUGAGUGUCCACAAUCCUAUCUACGAUGCGAACACGGGAGAAGCAAAACUUUUCCAAUAGAAGGAAUUCCUGCCAGCUACAAGACCAGUGUCUUCCAUGAGAACCGUGUGUCUACAUGUCCACUUAAAAGGGACGUAAUGGAGUAAUUUACAUAAAUUUUGGACGCAUAAGGUGCUCAAGAAAUUGAGGUAUACCGACGUAUGGUCCACAUACAGCAAAUUCAACUCUAAUUGGUUAUGGCAAAUUAUGGUUUUGCUGGAGGCACUUUUGACACUACUUAUGUGAAUCAACAGUUCAUCUCAUCAAAUGCCGUUUCAUAUUCUCAGAUUUUGAACCUACUUAUUUUGUCACACCUUCCCCAGUGAGAAAUACUUUAAAGAGUACCACCAAGAUUAUAACAAAGUGUUAAAACGUUUUAAAAUCACUAGCUGUUUGAAAAUUGUCUUAUCUCCAUAUACAAUUGAGCGUCAGGAGGGAUAUGCGUAUGCUUGUGUACAAUAACUUUAUUUCUGCAAAUGGUGCAUCUUUCUUUGUCUUAGUGUGUGAUUUUAUGUCAUUCAUUUCUAAGGCGUUUUGUUUCUUGUUGUAUAUUUUUUCAUCAUUACUGUGAGUUGUUGUAUCUCCACUUCUGCUAUGACCUCAAAUGGGGCAGGAGUAUGCGAAAAUAAAUAAAUAAAUACAAUUUAUGACCAC